CCUUGGUUUGCACAGUGGGUGUGGUGUUCCAGCAGUGCUGUUUUUCUGUGCGGUGGCCAGUCCUGGAUUUGAGCAUGGACCUGGAGAGAGAGGCUUGCUCUGAGAUGAUGCCUUGGCUUCAGGGGGGUGGUUUGAGACACCUCAACCCUUUCUGUGCCCUGACCUUUGGGCUGAGGCUCUUCUCAUGUGGAAGAGGAAAUCCUCAGCCUGAUGGUUUUGGGCACAGAAAGAGAAACUGUCAUUUAAAGCUUCCCUUUGUGGAGGAGAGCAAGGGUUUUCACAAGUGAGAAGAUUAAUUCUUCCACUCUGCAUAAAUCAUCCUUCUCUCUUCAAAGGGAAAACAGCAGGGCCCACAUCAGAAAUGAGUCUUUUGGGAUAAUAUUGAGAGUUCCUGAUGUGCUAUCCCCCUCCCUGUAAUGAUGGGCGGUGGGGUGGUAUCAGAGCUGUUGCUGAGUUUAUCUCUUCAGUUUGUCUUGAUUUCCUCCUAUAGUGUUCUCAAACAGUGUAAAGAUGUGGAGCUCUCCUUCAGUGAUGUGACGGGCAAGCCUGAAGCCUUCAAAGGCACCAAGAAAGGGAUGCUGUAUCUCACCCCUUACAGGAUGAUCUUUGUGUCAAAGGGCAAGGAUCCUAUGCUGUCUUUCAUGAUGCCGUUUUAUUUGGUGAAAGGGUGCUCAAUUGAGCAGCCUGUUUUCUCUGCCAACUACAUCAAAGGACAGAUUCAAGCUGAGGCAGGAGGUGGCUGGGAAGGGCAAGGGAUAUUUAAACUGACUUUCAACAGUGGAGGAGCCAUUGAGUUUGGACAGCUGAUGUUCAAAGCUGCCUCUAAUGCUUCUAGUGGCGUUCCUCUCCAGAACCCUGGCUAUGGCUACACACCUGUGCCCGGAGGGUACACACCCACCCCACCUGCUCCUGGGGGUUAUUCAUCUGUGCCAGGGGGCUAUGCUGCUCCUCCACCACCAAAUGGACCCUAUCCUUAUGCACCACCUCCGAUGAAUGCCUACGGACCUUCUCCACAGCCUAUGGGAUAUCCAUAUGCCCAGACUCCAGGUAUUUACCCACCACUUCCAAACAUGAACCCCAUGUAUGUGCCACCUCCUCCCCCCUACUCUGGGCUAUCUCCUGCAGGACCCUCAGCCCCCUCAGCUCCCCCAGCCUGGGUGGGCCCAGGAAUGCCAGGGGGCAGUAAGGCCAUGGAAGCCGCUUCCAGUGCGUAUUACAACCCCGCCAACCCACACAAUGUGUACAUGCCCAUGGAUCAGCCACCUCCUUAUGCACCUCCUGAGGAUAAGAAGAACAACUAACAGACAGAAAUUGCAACCAGCCUCCCACACUGUCUCUCCCUGAAGACAAUUGGCUGUUACUACCCCUUGGGUUAGCAUAUCUCUAGGUCCCUUUGUAUAUAUACAAUACAUGUAGUGCUGGGCAGCUGAGCACCUGCCCUCCUUAAACAUUAAGUCAGUGGCAAUACAAGGCAGAACAACAGCACUUUCCUGCUUAUUUGAUUUAUCUCAUGGGGUUGAAGCGCUUUUUGCUCUGCCAUUGGCUUGAGGAGAGAGAUGGACUACUCCUUAAACCACCAGUAGACUACAUCACUAAUCUAGGACUAAAAUAUGAAGGCUCUGGGAUCUUGGAGUAAAACUACUUGGAAUGCCAAACUUUUGACUUCUGAAGCACCACUCAAGGGGAAAGGUAUAGAGAGCCAUGAGGUUCCUUGCAUAGACCCUUGGUGCCCUAGAAAGGUGUUAAAUUCCCUUAAAUUCUGGCACAGCUCACUGUGAGAUGGGACUCUGGAAGUCCUGUAUCGUGCUGGAACAGUGUGUUUUAUGUUCUAGACUACCAGUCUUGGGAAGUUCAUCCUAAGAGACACUGAAGCCUUGAACUAUGCAAGAGGGAAGGGGAUGGGCCCCAGUCAGCCUGCCUUUGUAGGCAUUGAAGCAAACAAAGGUGUGCCACAGGGCAGGGAGUUGAGACUGGCAGGUGUGCAAAUCGGUCUUCCUUUCCCUCUCAUCGAAGCAGGUCUCAUAUAUCUGUGCAGUGAUCUUGUGUCAAGCAGCUGUUAUUCAAGCGUAAUGGAGUCAAGUGCUGCACAGGAGGCUGCUUGCCUUGGAGCAAAAUAUGUUCCAUUAGGAAGUUGACCUGGCACUAGCCUUGUCAGGAGACAGGUCCUGUAGCCCUGACUCCCUCUGCUGAGCAAGCUUGUGCUGUGAGCUAGCUCCACGGGGGAAAACUGGCCUUCAUCUCUUCCUCAGCCCACUACAGCCAGCAUGUGUAUGACUACAUCUGAGCAGCGUGGGAGAGUCAGCACUGGAAUUCCAGAGUUGGGUUGCUUAGGGGUGCAGUGCCCGCUCUCAGCUGAAAACCACUGUCUGGGGUGGAUGUUACUGAUGCUCAGCUCUCCUGCAGAGUGGCUGCUCAGCCACAACCUUUCCUUCUUCCUUAGGACAUAGUGCCAUUAAACCUGCUCUGAAGAGAGUUCCUCUAGUCUGGUGAUCCUUUACAUACGGGGUGAUUGUAAUUCUUUGUACAGCCUUCCUACCUUCACAGUGAAGGGGAAGGAAUGUUUCCCUUCUUACUUCCCUGCAUGUCAGGUCUCUCCAGUAAGUGAGACUUCCAUGUGUGAAUUCCUAAAUUAGCCCUGCAUAGGGGGAAGUACCUCUAUAAACACCUUUUAAGUCUGAGUUAGAGAUAUUCUAAUAACUAUAUCUUAAAAAAA